AUGGCAUUUGGUGACCUCCUGGAGCAGGUGGGCAGCACGGGCCGCUUCCAGAUCCUGCAUGUAACCCUGUUGAGUAUUCCAGUGCUACUAAUGGCCAGUCACAACCUGCUGCAGAAUUUCGUGGCGGCCGUGCCUCCCCACUACUGCAGUGCACAUGCGAACUUCUCUCAGCGACAGCUCAGCCCGCAAGAGAUCUUAACAGUCACUGUGCCUUUGGACCAAACGGGCAACCGUCAGAGCUGCCGGCGCUAUGUUGCGCCACAGUGGCACCUCCUGGACUCGAAUGCAACUUUGAAAUACCAGGAAGAAAUGGACGAUAUUAGCCUCCAGGAAUGCACUGAUGGUUGGUCUUACAAUAUGACUGGCAUGACCUCCUCAAUCAUAGCGGAGUGGGAUUUGGUGUGUGAUCUGCGCUCUUUGAAGCAAAUGGGCCAAACCGUCUACAUGGGAGGUGUUCUUGUGGGAUCCAUUGUCUUGGGAAGUCUUGCUGACAAGUUCGGACGACGCAUCCUAUUGAUCAUUUCCCACCUGCUGAUGGCAGUGGCCGGGACGGGUGCUGCUUUCUCCACAUCCUUCCCCAUCUUCUGCCUGUGCCGCUUCGGUUGCGGAAUGGCUCUUUCCGGCAUAGGCCUCAACACCUUCUCGCUCAUCGUGGAGUGGAUCCCAACCCGUGUUCGGACCGGAGUGGGCACCAUCACAGGUUACUGUUACACGGUGGGACAGUUACUCCAGGCGGCUAUCGCUUACUUCAUUCGGGAUUGGAGGUGGUUGACCUUGGCGGUGUCUUCACCUUUCUACAUCUUCUUCAUCUACUCAUGGUGGUUUCAUGAAUCUUCAAGAUGGUUGGUCCUGAGCCAAAACUACGACAAAGCCAUCAAGAACCUUAAAAGCGUUGCUAAAAUUAACGGACGUCAUAAGGAGGGCGACAAAGUUGACCUUAACAUGGUGCAAGAGUCUAUGAAGAAAGAGAUGUCAUGCUCCCAAGGCUCCUACACUGUCAUAGAUCUGUUCCGUACUCCCACCAUGCGCUCGAUGACAAUCUGCCUGGGUGCUGUCUGGCUAUCAACAAGCUUUGCCUACUAUGGGCUAGCCAUGGACCUCCAGAAGUUUGGAGUGGACUUCUACUUAAUCCAAGUCAUCUUUGGGGCUGUGGACAUCCCCGCUAAAGUGGUCAUAAAUCUGACUAUGAGUUUCAUCGGACGCCGUCCAUCCCAAAGUGGCGCGCUUAUCAUUGCUGGAAUCACAAUAUUAAUCAACCUCAUGGUACCUCAAGAGCAUCAGAUGCUGCGCACCUCUCUGGCGGUUAUGGGGAAAGGCUGUCUCGCUGCCUCCUUCAAUUGCUGUUACCUUUACUCUGGAGAGCUCUUCCCCACCAUUAUUCGUCAGAAUGGAAUGGGGUGGGUAUCGAUGACGGCUCGCGUGGGAGCCAUGGUGGCCCCCAUGGUGCUCCUGAGCGGUGACUACAUACCUUGGCUGCCGGGUUUGAUCUACGGAGGAGCUCCCAUCAUCAGUGGAGUGGCUGCCAUGUUCCUCCCGGAAACGCUCGGGUCGCCACUUCCUGACACGAUACAAGAUGUGGAAGACAGGGGCUCUGGGAGAGUGUCCAAAACGCAACCAAAGCAAGCAGCCGCUAUGCAAGACACUGAGGCCAAUCUCCUGAAGCAGGUCGUCUGAAUGCAUCAAAAACAUUUUUUGUUGUGAUUUUACUUUAUUCUCCUCAUCGCCUGUAUGACUUCUGAGAUUUAUGCUAGAUAUAGACAGGUCA